UUUCCCUGCCGCGCGCGCCACGGCUCUCGGGCUCUGCCUACCCCAGUCCAGUCCACCGCCUCCCCCUCCCUCCCUUUCCUCUCCCCUUCUCCGACGCGGGCACGGCGCCUAUAUAAGCCCGGCCGCCGGGCCGAGCAGCAAGCACACAACCAAACUGAACACCUGCAAGGUCAAGGAAGGAGUCAAAAUUCCCAACAAGCAAAGGGGAAGUCUGUGAGCUGGUUCGAGUUGCUGCUGCUAGCUGCCUGCGAUCAUGGACAAGAUCCUGGCCUUCUCGAUCCUGAGCUCGUCGCCGGCGGACAUCUCCGCGAGCGGGCUCUCCACGCGGCUGUCGUGGAGGACCUCCGCCUCCGCCGGGAGCCAGAAGCAGCGGCAGGCGGAGCAGGCGCCGAAGCGGCAGGAGGGGAAGCCCGCGGAGCAGCGGCCGGCGCCGGCGGAGAGGAAGGCGCGGUUCGCGCUGGAGUUCGACGGGAUCAACUGCUUCGAGUCCAUAGUCUCCUUCUGAGCCCGGAGAGCGGUUGGAUUGAUCCACCGGCUCGCUGAUUUUUUUCUUGGUUGUUGCUGGGUGAAGCGACGAGUGAGUAAUUUGUACAGACUACAGAGCUGUGUACCGCGCGCAAAGCCAAUCAAUGGAUGAUCAUGGCGCAUUUGAUUUGCAA